CGCGACUCCAACAGCAGCGGUUCCCCAGGAGUGAGGGAAGUUAUUUUAAUGCAACAAUAAGGACUCAAAUUAGCUCUCAUGGCCACAGAGGUUGCAGAAAAGCCAAGCGAGGAUGCUCCAGUACCUGGAAAAGUCAGCAAUAGGUUUGAUCUGGAGAAGGAGACUGAACUUCGGUUUGAGGUGGAGUCAGGGGAGGCCGCAGAACAACUUGAGCUGGAGCUCCUCUCGGGUAUGGCUGAGGUGUUUGGCUCAGAGCUGAACCGCAACAAGAAGUACACAUUUGGGCCUGGCUCCAAGAUCGCCGUUUUCACCUGGCAAGGCUGCAGUGUGAAUCUCUACGGGAAGCCAGAGGUGUCGUAUGUGUCCAAGGAUACUCCCAUGCUGCUCUACCUGAACACACACGCUGCCCUGGAACAGAUGAGAAAACAGGCUGAGCGGGACAAUGAGAGGGGGCCGAGGGUGAUGGUAGUGGGACCUACAGAUGUGGGGAAGUCGACCGUAUGCCGGCUCCUUCUGAGCUAUGCCGUAAGAGUGGGCAGGAGGCCCACACUGGUGGAACUGGAUGUCGGACAGAGUGGGGUGUCUGUACCGGGGACGGUGUCAGCACUGUGUAUUGAGCGUCCAGCAGAUGUGGAGGAGGGUUUCUCGGUCCAGGCUCCUUUGGUCUACCACUUUGGCUCAACUACACCAGGGACCAACAUCAAACUUUACAAUAAGCUGACAUCAUGCCUAGCCGAGGUGUUUUCCCAGCGCUGUGAGGUGAACAGGAAAGCCAGCGUGGGUGGCUGUAUCAUUAAUACCUGCGGCUGGGUGAAAGGCUCUGGAUACCAGGCUCUGGUCCACUGUGCGUCUGCCUUUGAGGUGGAUGUGGUGCUGGUGCUGGACCAUGAAAGGCUCUACAAUGAACUCAAAAGGGACCUCCCUCACUUUGUUCGGGUUGUGCUCUUACCCAAGUCUGGGGGUGUAGUGGAGCGUUCCAAAGAGUGCAGACGGGACACUCGGGACGAAAAGAUCCGGGAGUACUUCUAUGGCUUCCGUGGAUUGUCGUUCUACCCUUUCUCCUACGAAGUGCGUUUCUCUGAUGUCCGCAUCUACAAGAUUGGGGCACCAUCCAUCCCUGACUCGUGCCUGCCACUGGGAAUGUCUCAGGAUGACACACAGCUGAAGCUGGUGCCAGUGACACCAGGGAGAGAUCUCACUUAUCACGUGUUGAGCGUCAGCAGUGCGGAGGACGGAGAGGAAGGUGCUAGAAAGGGUAUCGUAGAGAGUCCUGUGUGCGGCUUCAUUGUGGUGACUAAUGUGGACACACAAACACAGGUGAUGAAGGUGUUGUCCCCGGCACCCAGACCACUGCCCAGACACACUCUGCUUAUCAUGGACAUCCGUUUCAUGGACAUGAAAUGAAAGAAAAGUUCCGGGAAGAGGACUGGGUCACUAAAGAACUGGGGAUCAUGUAGACGAGUUCUGUUGAGAGGAAUUUACUGUCAGGGGAGUUAUUGUUUUUCUUGUUUGAGCUCUGUGAGACUGCAUAGCGCAAAAGAUUAAAAAUAAGAACGAUUUAAGUAUCAAAAUUGGUAUCUGCUGUAAAUGAUUUUCCAUUUUAUAAACCACACUGUACAGAUGAUUUGUAACAGCGAAUGUUUUAUCAGUACAGUCAUUUUUUCUUGAUAGUCUGUUUUCUAAAUGUUUUUUCUUGAGUAAUACAUUUUUAAGAAUGUGAAACAUUGUGUCUAAAUUGUUCUUUCUUCCAAUCCUACUACUAUAUAAGGUCAAUUGUAUUUUAACAGUGUAUAUGGUGGCUUGGGAAAGUAUUCAGACAUCUUCAUGUUUUGCACACUUUUUAAUACAUUUUUUGCAAAUGUAAUAAAAUCAUAGAAUCAAAUAGAACUCUCUUAAUUACAUAAGUGUUCAGAUCCAUGAACCAUCUGUAAACUCAAUUGCAGCCACCUGUGACAAUAAAUUGAUUAGACAUGAUUUAGAAAGGCGCACACACCUGUCUACAGUAAUUGAUUGGUUGCAAAACUGUGUGCUUAUUUAUGUCAAGAUUUGUAAAAGUCAGUAAGUAGAACAAAGUUGUUAAUAUGUGUGUAGUCUGCCUUCACAGAUGUGUACAUCCUAUAGAGUUCAACCCUAUUUCGACAAAAAUGGAGCACAGGACACUAACUAUCGGCCGUAUCCUAACAGACAUACCAUUAUGACAGUAACUGUUAAGGAAAAGUUCAAUAAGAGCUCAUUUGUUUUUUGUUCUGUCAACCCCCGGCAGCUCAUACUGGAGCUCAGCGUUUAACGUUCUUUAAGCCGACAUGCUGUUAUAUUGCUGGAUAUGGAUAUUUGGCUCAUUACUCCUAUUGACACAAUAUACUGUAUACUGUGUAAUGCCCAGUGUGUGGCACUAUCUUAAAGGCAAAUACUCAACAUAACACAAGGCUUUUAAAUACAAGUCAAGUCCGUCUGAUCUAUGUAGCGUCAGAUCGCAACAGACAUGAUCCCAUAGCACUUUUCACAUAGAGCAGAUCUAGAUUGAACUCUUUAAUUUGCAGAGACCUAAC